AUGGCUGGCACAUAUACUUUCCUUCCCGGCGACCUCAACGCUUCAUUGAAAGCCCGGAAUAGACCCUACACUGGACUCCGCUUGCCCUCGUCGUCUUCUGCUAAGAAGCGGGCCUCGUCCUUCUAUCCUGAGCACGGCCCAGAGAUUGUGGACGAGACCAACCCGGAUCCAUUCUAUCUCGAACACUCCCUGGGCAGGUCGGGUGCUUGGGGCCGUGGCAGACGGGACAUUCGCGAUGUCCGAUUCUGCGAGGAGUCCAAUCAAUAUUUCAUGUUAUCCUCCGUGAAUCACAGUCAGAAGGAACCGACGUUUCCCAAAUCUGUAAGAGGCGAAUCGAAGCGGACUCGUGGUCCCAGUCAACCUGAUCGAUCGACAAUUACCGUCGUUGGAUUCGAUCAUCAAUACUCUAUUCCACCACAAGUUGCAGUUCCACGUUGGGAAAAGCACCCCUUGCACGAGAGCCAGGGCUCUUUCAGCUCCGAACAGACCGACGCAACUCCCGACUUGACUCCGAGCAGCUCGUUCUCGUCAAACUACUCCUCCCCAAUCUACCCCGACAGUGGCCUGCAGGGCUCUGAGUACCCUGUUCUGCCAGUCCAGUUGCCAGCCCAGAGUACAUAUUCAAAGUCCCUGGAAAAGUUCCACCAAGCAUCUUCUAAGCCACCAGUCGGUCUACGACCAGCUUCGUCCAACCGUCCGCCAACACCUGCGCGGAAUACUGAAUUCACAAGUUCCGCGGAAACUUUGAGAAUGCCUCGAACAGAGGGCCAGGACCUCUCGGCCCGACGCGGGAAACCGCUCCCCUCUCUUCCUAUCAAUCCCCGUCACGGCAGUGGUGUGCCCAGCAAGAGGAGCACAAAUUCCGGCCGUCGACCUUCAAUUGAACCCUCGAUGAUUUCCCCUCCCAGUCUCAUCAACCCUGUCACUCUCGAGCCUCACACAACCCAUUUCGAUCAAGCUAUGUUUAUUCCUGCCAACGAUUGCCCCAGCCCUGUACCCAGUCGUGGCCCGCCCUCUCCAACGACGACGAGUGAGGCUCCCAUCUCCUCGAGAAGUCAGAGGCCGUCGACCUCAGCCUCCGAGGCCCCGUUCGAGCAUUCUGUGUGGGAGCCUGAUUCUGAUUCUGAGUCCCUGGGUCCGAGAUCACUGUCGAAGAAGCCCAUGGACACCCUGAAAAAAGUCCGCAGUCGGGUGCAACUCCGUGUUGCGAAGUCCGCUCCCAAGUUGCAGAACUCCACAGCCUCUGCGCCCACAGAUCCGCCCCUAGAGAAAUUCCCAACAAUGCCUGAUCAUCCUCCCAGAGAUCCAUUUCCCGAACCUGUCAAAUCCAUGGCACCGUUGACUUUGUCAAGUCGUGAGGUCUUUCGGCCGUCACCGUUGCAGACACUGCGACUCGUCAACCCGUCGACUACCUCCCUUGCGAGACCUCGAACACCUCGGUCUCGCCGAAACAGCAGCCAAACCAGGGGUCAGGACCGGGAUCAGCCUCGGAACUACGACUUUGACCGGUCUGCUGCCGCUGCCAUCCAGGCCAGAUCCCGACGCAAACAGCGAUCAGAUUCGCUUGCCACUUCGCGCGUAACUGACAGGGAAAAGGUCUGUACUUUCUGCCACGAGGAUCGAUCUGAUGUGGCCAUUCAUCACAGCCUGACACUUGCGCGCCCUCCCCUCUACAAACGUGUGUGGGAGUCAUUGCGUCUCCUUGGCUGUCAUGGUGACAUAACUCCUCCUAAGUCCUUUCCACGAAAGUCGAUGUAA